GUCCAGGCAUGACUAUAAAUGUCACGCUUCAGAGCAUGGAAAAGCAUUCCUAGCAAUGGCCAUGUGGAAUUUUCCUGCAGAAAUUUGAGCAGGAAGUGGAGAGCAAGGAUCUCUUCACUGCUGUUGACUAAACAUAUGCUGUCCAUAUGUUGGAUGCAUCAACUAGCUGGGGCCACGGAAAAGCUGCAAUAGCUUCAGCUUGAUUUUUCUGCUAUCCAGAAUGAGCAUAGUAUCAUGGGUGCUGAAUUAAAGAAGAAGAAACACAUGGAGACAGGCAGUCAUGCAGGGAUGAAACCAUUUCGGAAGUGAUAGUGGUAAUUCAAGAAAUCUUUAGUGAUGGCUUCAGGCUCCACUUCCCAGACCUUUGUUCUUUCAAGCAAAGUUUAUUCUUUCACAUGAUGGACUCUGUUAACCAUACACACACAAAGUUCUUCUAUAACUAACCUGAACCUUUGACUUUAAAUGCGCUGCCAAGUCCUUUACAAGCCCCUUUCUCUAGAAGGAGAAGAUACUUUAUACUCAGUAAUGGAGCGAAACAACAACAAUGUAGAAGAUUUUUCCCUGAAUGUUUUUUCUGUCACUCCUUGCCAGCCAAACAGAUCUGAUGCCCUGGUGUCAGAUGGGGAUAAAGCUGGCACCACUCUGCUCUUUUCAGGUGUGUUUUUGGGGCUGGUGGGGAUCACUUUCACGGUGAUGGGAUGGAUAAAAUACGAUGGCAUUACUCACCUGGAGUGGACUCAGUUACUAGGGCCUAUUCUGCUGUCUGUCGGGGUUACUUUUAUUCUGAUUGCUGUUUGUAAAUUUAACAUGCUUACAUGCAAGCCCUGUAAAGAAAGAGAGGAAAAUACGUCGGAACUUGACCAGGCUGCAAGCGGACAGUCCUUUGUCUUCACUGGCAUUAACCAGCCUAUAACUUUCCAUGGUGCCACAGUGGUACAGUACAUCCCUCCGCCGUACCCGUCCCAGGAAGGCGCUGCCGUCAGUCCCGGCUACCUUCACCCAGUGCUCAGCUGCUGCGGUGCUGCUCCCGCCAGCACCUCGCCGGGUCUCACCUCGGCUUCUCCUCACUUCUGCCCUGCCUACGCCCUGGACAACCUGGCUUUUACUGGAGAUGAGAACUACACUGCUUAUCCUGCAGAGAAUUCCAGGAAUCAGAGGUCAGAAGACAGUUCUGAUGAACCAGAAGGACUGCUGGAAGACUAUGCCUGUAAUAACUUGUCACCUCCACGUUAUGAGGAAAUAUACCCUUUUUCUUUAUAA